AUGGAUGGAUCAAAGCAAGAGCCAAAGACUUUUUACUUUCCGGUCUUUGGCCAACCAAGAGCUGCGGACUUCACCUUCAAACUUGACAGCAUAGUGGAGGAUGUCCGGGAGACGAGGAGCAAGAGGAAGGCCAGUACUGAGGAAGGGCCUUCUGAGAAGAAGCUGAGGGGUAAUAUUGAGACCAAAACCAGUUCCCCUUUCAUGACUGUGUAUGAGGAUGCCAGUGUGAGGGGGAACAAGCGGCGGGCUGAUGAGACUGAGGAGGAGCACCCCAACAAAAAGCUCAGAGCUGGCAAUGACACCAGCAUCACUGAGUCCAGUAGUGGGGUGUCCAAGAGUGUCAGAGUAAAGAGGCGCAGAAGAUGGGCCCGCUCUGACACAAACAGGUCCUCAAAAACAUCGUCUAGCCGGAGCCUGAAGAUUUGUACAUCAUGCUCAUCUUCCUCCUCAGAAAAGGAGGAAGGGUAUGACUUGUCCUUCGCAGUCAAAACCAACAAAGCUGAAUUUGAAGGCACAUACUACGAGCUUUCCCAACUUGGCAGAGGAGGUUUUGGAUCUGUGUAUGAAGGCUACAGGAUAAAGGACAUGACACCAGUGGCUAUUAAACACAUUCCGAUGGAGCUGGUCGAAUACAAGGAGGUGCUCCAAGACGGAAAGGUGUUUAAAGUCAUCGAUGAAGUCGCCCUCAUGGUAAAAGCAGCAGGUGGGGCUGAAUCAGCUGGGACAUCUGCAGCUAUCUCCCUGCUGGACUGCUUUGCUCUAGAGGAGGAACUUAUCCUUGUUAUGGAGAGACCAACACCUUCCAUGGAUCUCCGACGGUACUGCAGUGCAAAAGGAGGCUACUUGCAGGAAGACGAGGCUAAGAUUAUCAUGAAGCAGAUGGUGGAUGCAGCACUCGAUAUGCAUGAAAAUGGAGUGUUUCACAGGGACAUCAAGUUGGUAAAUGUCCUUGUUGAAACUGGAUCCGCUGUCCCACGUGUCCGAGUGAUCGAUUUUGGCUGCGGUUGUCUUGUGACAGAUGGAUAUUAUCAUCGCUAUUCUGGUACCUUCACGAAAGCUCCUCCAGAGUGGUUUCUGGAAAAACAAUACCAGGCGGAACCCACAACGGUGUGGCAGCUGGGAGCACUGCUGUAUGACCUGCUCGACCAUCAGGACACUUUCAAAACAUCAGUUUAUCUUCGGAGCGGGAUUGACAUCUGUCCUAAUCUGACGACAAACUGCAAAGACUUCCUGAAGAAGUGUCUUACCGAAGACCCCGACUGGCGAGCCACCUUGCUUCAGCUAAAAUACCAUCCCUGGCUUUGUGACGGGCGACCACGUUAG